CUGUCAAGAAGAAGCAAAAUUAUGCUAGUGUGCAUGAAGCAGUGAAAGCUGGUGAUGUAGAACAGCUUGAAUCCAUGAUAAAAAGUGGAGCCGAUAUUAACGAGGUGGAUUUAGUCCACAAAUUCACACCACUGCACUGUGCUGCACACUCUGGAAGUCUGGAGUGCCUUCACUGGUUGCUCUGGCACGGAGCUGAGGUCACUCGCGUCACUGCCGGCGGCUGGACAGCAGCUCACCUCGCAGCUAUCCGAGGUCAGGAUGCUUGCAUGCAGGCUCUGUUAAUCAAUGGAGCCAAGGUAGGAGCUGAGGAUGACGGCGGGCGCACGCCCUCACACCUGGCUGCAGCCCACGGGCAGUCGUACACCCUGCAGACCCUUCUGCGCAGCGGAGCGAAUGUAAAUGCUUCAGACAGGAACGACUGGAAGCCUGUACAUUAUGCUGCUUUUCAUGGUCGCUUGGGGUGUUUGCAGCUCCUCGUUAGAUGGGGAGCCUGUGUAGAUGAUGUGGAUAACAAUGGAAACCUUCCAGCUCACCUGGCAGCAGUGGAAGGACACUUGCAUUGCUUUAAGUUCUUGGUCAGUAAAAUGGCCAGUGUCAUGCACACACUGAAAGCCAGGAAUGACCAAGGAGAGACUCCAAGGGACUUGGCCGAACGGUUCUAUAAAAAUAAUAUCCUGCAAUAUAUUGAUGGUGUGGAAAAAGAGGGGGAGCAUCCAGAGGCACAGGAAGUUUUAGCUUUCCCAGCUCAUGGCGCUGCUUUCAAAGGGGACUUGUCAGUGCUUAAAAGAUUAGUGAGGAGUGGAGUGAUCAAUAUUAAUGAGCGGGAUGACAAGGGAGCCACUCUCAUGCACAAAGCUGCUGCACAGGGGCAUAUCCACUGCUUACAGUGGCUGAUUGAAAAAGGAGCUGACUGUGACAUUACAAAUGAUGCUGGAGAGACUCCAAAGGAUGUGGCCAAGAGAUUUGCCCAGCUGGCAGCUGUGGAACUUUUGACACAAAGAACUGGACACAGUAGCUCUAGUGAUGAAGAACUAGAUGCAAGCAGUGUGAAGUUUUUUGAAAGGCACGGUGUGGAAGGGAGCACGGACAGCAAAGGAGAUUUAACCCUGGCUACAGCAGAGAAGAGGAACGCACGCAUAAGGGCCUAUCGCAAGAUUCAAGAACUUCAGCAACUUCUAGAAAUUGCCUACAGCAACUACAGACAGCUGGGAGGAAUAACUGAAGAGGAGAAGAAGAUGAAAAAAGAAGAAAGGGAAGUUGAGAAGUAA